UUAGGGAACGGUACUGUGAGUCGGGUUCUACCUUGACCCUAACUACUUUCAUACUAUAUUAUACUAUCCUCAAAUUAUAAACGCCUAAAUAUUUCAUCGUAUAAAUUAAUCAAUAAAUUUGAAACAAAUAAUAUUGAAAAUAAUUAAUAAGACAUCGAACGUUAAAUUGAUCAUCGAUAUACAUUUUGUUUGUUUGUUUGUUUGUUGUUGUUGUUGUUGGGUGUAAAAUUCAAAUUUUUUUGUUUUUCUCUAUUCGUCAAAAAAGUUGAUCAAAUUGACAAAAUAUGUGCAACGAACACGAGGAAGUUUCAAGUGAAAUUCGUUUGUCAUCGUCAAUUUUGUGAAUUUCUUUUUCUUUUAUUACUUCUUUCUUGUUUAUUUUUUUUCUCUCCUCUUCAAGUGGACGAGGAAGCGAGAAAAUGGCUGAGAACGGGAACUGUCGGGUGCAAGUGGAAAUUGGCGAAGUUUCCCAUAACGUUGAUGUCCAAUUGCAUUCAACUGAGAAUGAAAUGACGAGCGAGGUCAAAGGUAAACGCUGUCAAAUGCAGAUGAAGCAGGUAACCUCGGAUCUCAGCAAGGAGGAUGAGAUAUGCGUCGCUCCAAUCGAGGAACAAAAACAAGAACAAAAACAAGAACAACAAGAAGAAAAAAUAGAAAAGAGGAUAUUACAAAUGCAACAACAACAACAACAACAAGUGCAACAGAAUAAUUCGCAAAAUUAUUCGACAACAACGACGUUAACAGCAACGACUGAUAUACAACAAAUUGAUAAAUUCAAAUCAAGUUCGGAUUUGUCCGCUUCAACUCUCACAAUCAGUCAAAGGGUUUACAAGAAAAGUUCGCAAAACGGUAAAAUAACAGUUUACCUAGCAAACAGAGACCUCAUCGUAAGUGAAGCGAAAAUAGAUAAGUUACAAGGUGUUUUAUUGGUCGAUCCAGAAUAUCUUCAAGAAAAGAGGGUUUAUGGACAAAUAACGCUGACGUUUCGUUAUGGGAGAGAAGAUGAGGAAGUAAUGGGCCUAAAAUUUUGCAACGAGGCAGUCAUGUGUGUUGCCCAACUUUAUCCACCAUAUUCUGGAGCAGAUUAUCACGAGAUUGUAGCACCAUUUCAGGAAGCAUUGAUAAAAAAAUUGGGACCAAACGCUUACCCAUUCACCAUGAAACUGGCACCUGUGGCACCGCCAUCGGUGCAAUUGGUACCUGCUAAAGAAUAUACAGGUGCACCCAUUGGAACGAGUUACGAUAUCAGAGUUUACAUGGCUGAUCGACCGGAAGAUAAGUUGCAUGAAAAAUCAACCAUAAGAAUGGGGAUUAGAGUGAUUCAACGAACUACGAAACCACCAUUACCAUGUCUCACGAUGUACAGUGUUCCUGCAUCAAGAAUAAUUCCAAAGAUUCAAACGUGCAAAAUGAGAAGUUCCUUUUCAACCAAUGAAAUUGUCGAUGAAGUUGAAAAUAUAGUACCACAAGCUGCCAUCGAAAAACCAUUUUUAUUGAGUGAUGGACAUGUUGGUUUAGAGGCAAGAUUGGAUCGUGCAAUUUAUACUCAUGAUGAUUCCAUAACCGUCCACGUCAAUGUUAAUAACAAUAGCAGCAAAUCUAUCAGACGGAUCAAGGUUUUCGUCGUUCAACAUGUCGAUGUGUGUAUGUUCAGCAAUGGCAAAUUUAAAAAUGUGGUAGCUCUUAUAUCUUCUAAAGAGGGCUGUCCUAUAGGACCAGGAUCAAGUUUGAAAAAAUCUUACACCUUGAAACCUAUCAAAGGGUCCAGUAAGAAUUGGAUUGCUUUGGAAGAUGGUAAUAGUAGAAUCGGUGGUACCUUAGCUUCUACGAUCGUUUGUCCUGGAAACGGUCCAGAAGAUAGGAAUGUUUUUGCUAUUUACGUGUCAUAUUACGUUAAGGUGAAACUGAUAAUAUCAACAAUAGGAGGUGAUGUUUCCUUAAAAUUACCAUUCACUUUAACUGAUACCACUACUGAUCCAGAUAUCGUUGAAUAUCCAUCACCGAUUAGAGAAUUUUCUAAACCUUUGAGAAAAAUGGAGGAUAUUAACGAACAUCCGGAUAAGUAUGAUUGUAAUCAAACGAAAAACAAGGAAUCGAUAUUGAAGACUAUUGAGAAGACAAAUAAACAAUCAAGAAUUACCGAUGUUGAUCUAAUAGAACAAUGUGAAGAGGAAGACAGUACCUGAGAGCUGGUUAAAACUGACGAGAUGUCUACUCGACAGUCGCAGAAAGAUAAUAACGAUGUUAAAAAUUAUCAAUUGAAGAAUUCUAAUGAGAAAGACUGUAAGUUAGGUUUUAGUAUACAAAGAGCAUGGUGCUGUUUCAGAAGAGCCUCUUAGUGCGACUGGAAUAUGAAAUAACAUUUAAGAUUAUUGAUAGAAAUGAAAAUAUGUGAAGUGUGCGUUGAAUGAUUGUCAUAUUGGAAAUGUGUCGAGAAAGUAGAUAUUUUUUGAAAAUACAUUUUCAUGCUCCAGAGAAAGGUUCCUUCAUUCAUCGUCAUUUUAUCGACUGAUUUUAAAUUAUCAAUUUGCAGUACGAAGAAUUGGGAGCUUCCUUUAAUAUUUUAACUUUCUUACGCUAAUAACAUAUAUAUAUAUGUAUAUGUAUUUCGAUUUGAUAUAUACAAAGCUGGCAAAUAUUUGGUGAAACAGAAGAGUCUUACGUUCAAAUAGAAAAAGCUUCGUGGUAAUAAUGAUUGAGAUUUACUGCGAUCAAAAAAUAUGUCAAUUGAAUAAAAAUAUAAAGAAUAGUUAUUCUUAAUAAUAGAAUGAUGAAUAUAAAUACGUGUAAAAGGAAAUAUGGAAUGAUAUAUCAAACUUAUCUAUUGAUGGAACUUCCAAAUGUUUAUUACAUUCAUAUUAUUAUGUAAAUCUUUGAAAACUAAUUAAAUAUAUCAACUGCCAGUCUAAAUAUGUUGGAAUUUAAAGUUACUAUGUUUUUUCAAGGUACUAUUGUUGCAAGAAAAAGAAAAAACAAAAAAGAGAAAAUAAUAUGGACAUUCCAUCAAAACUAUUUCUUAAAACUAAAGAAAAUAAAUAAUAAUAUUAAUAAUAAAAAUCAACAAAAGAGAUAUAAAAUUA